AUGUCAAAACACGAGAAUCCAAAUGGAAUUAGCCACCAGCUUAAUAUCAUCAGCCCAGCUGUUAAAGUUGGAGCUCUCGCCGGCGCGAGUGGAAUGUUGGUAGGAGCAUUUGCAGGCAUUAUACGGUCCACAAGUCCUAUACUGUUUUCGCUGGCCUCGGGUAUCCAGUGCUUUACUCUCGGAGCUACUAUUACUGGCUUUAGAGCUAUAGUGAGUCAAAAAUGGCCGAAGAGUAAUUCAAUUGAGCACGAAAAAAUAAUUGUCAGUACCAUCGCUGGCGCCCUUGGUGGUGGCACAUCUGGUGCUAUUUUUAGAGGUCGGCGUAAUGUUUUGCCCGGAGCUGUCAUGUUUGCCAUUUUUGGGGCAGUUGGUCAAGCUUUGACCGACAAAAUCUCUAACAGAGAAUUGAAUUCCAUUGCCCCAGAUCCUGAGUCCAAGGUAUCAUGGCUCAACUCUAGGUGGUCACCUGUCAAAACUAUCUCCAAUGAAGAAUAUGAAAACAUAAUGAGUGAAAAACUGUUACAAAUCAAAGCCGAGAUUGCGCUUGUAGAUGACAGAAUUAAGUAUCUAAAAUCUCAAAAUAGACCAGAGUAG